UUCUCCAGCCUGGAACAAUGUAAUUAUCAUAGCAAUGAUUGCACUAGCAGCAGUAAUUAGUAGCGCGGACCCUUCCGGAUGGUGCCUCCCAUGUAAUAUGCACGAGGCCAUUCAAAUAUCCCCGCUUGCUAUCUGAAGUGAAAUCCGAGAGGCUUAGAGAGAAGCAGCUAAGCGGUAGAGUUAGAGAGCGAGCGGAGGGAGGGGUACAAGUGCACGUCAGCUGCCUACAAAUGACACACUGCAAUCAUAAACUGUCUCGCGGCGCGUUCUUUCGCGCCUUUUCGUUAGUGAAGUAAGAAGAAGACAUCGAGAUACUCGGAGAAAAGCGGCUUCUGUUACGGAUUUAGCGGAUAAGACGUUUCUAGCGCACUUCUGAGGGACUUCUACUCCUCAGCCCACAAAAAAGCUCCAUCGCAGCCGCCUGAGAGUCUGGAUGGACCGCGAAGGAUCCUGAUGGAGCUCGAGUCGAGAGAAUAGAAUAAACCCCAUGCCGAUUAUAUAAGGAUUUUGCGACAAAGAAAGUCAGGAGACAGAAAGGCUGCUUUCCUCGUCACUAAUUCGCCCGAAUAAACUGCACGCCAGGGUUUAUAUUAUGGACAAUGUAGUCUUUGAGCUCGGUGUGGCUGACUUCUUUGGAUUAUUUUCCACGUUUAGUUAUGCUGAGCAGCCGUACAGUGUUAUUAGCCUACUGGCGCGAUUUUGGACACUGGAUUCAGAUAUCGUCUUGAUGCCUGCAGGUUUGCGCUGGUCACUAGAUUGAGACUGCUGUGUGAAGUCUUCAUGCUGUGGGCAUGUUGCCCUCGCCCCAGGUGUGCGUGUCUACUCUGGUGACAGUGAGCACGAUGGCCGUGGUCGACCUCUACCUGCUGGAGCAGAGCAUGCUGGGACCUCGAGGCGGAGCCCAUCCUGCAGUAUGGCCAUGUGUCGCCGUCGCGCUGGGUGACCUGUGUUUCCUGCUGGCACUGCGCUUCGUUUCCGCCGGUGUGGUUUCGGAGGCUCGCUCUCCCCGCCGGGGCUUCGCCAACGCUCUCUGGUUUCUUUUCCUCUCGCUGCUGCAGCUGAAGCUUUUCUUUGUGUGUCAGAACUACAGACAGGAGAGACGACCCCCGGAUCCUCUUGCCCGCAAGACUCUGACUCUUUUACUUUCUGUGUGCCUGCCCUCACUGUUUCUCAUCCUGACAGGAGCCGAUUACAUGACUCCACUCCGAAGGAAGCAGGAGGUGCGCAGCCGGCUUCUGUGGGUGGUGGUUGACUUGCUUGAUGUGUUGGAUCUGCAAGCUGGGCUGUGGGAGGCGCAGGGAAGUGUGGGGGUUCCUCUUUGGGUGGAGGGUAUAGUUUUCUUUUACUGUUACGUGCUGUUUCUGUUGCUGCCAUGCGUGUCGCUCACGGAGCUGGGUGCCACUGCGCUGCCUGGGCUCCAGGCGGCUCGGAAGGAGGCCAUCUAUCCGUGGCUCAGCCUGGUGACCAUUAACCUGUUCACGCUCGUGCCCAGAGGGGUCGGGAUGCUGUGGUACAGGGACCCACGGGUGUCCACGGUGUUCCUGGGGAAAAACCUGCUGGCUCUUGCAGUAAAGUUGAGCUCCGCCUGGGAGAGACACAGAAAGGGCAGCGGAGGGAUGCAUGGCGCAGGAGCCGCCACAGGAACUGGAAAUCAGACUCGAGGGGCAGCAUCGGAGCAAGCCACGGAGCAGGAGCAAGAGUGCACGUCUCCAGAGUCGUCCUCUACGCGCUACCACACGCUCUCACGCACUCACGGACACAGCCACUCGCUCUCUCACGUCAGCCUAGACCCCACUGAGACCUCACUGGGACCGGCUUACAUUUCCCACGAGCUCUAGAGGUCAUGAAAGAGCCCUGAAACUGCCAACAACUGGAAUUUGUAGGCUCAUAACUAUCCCUGGAGUCUCUGUGCUUUUGGCAAGAUUAGCAGAGAUAACUCAUCGUAUUAGCACACUUUGUAGUUUGUACAGCUGAUGAUUUGUAAAGCCAAACACGAGCAGCCUGCUGUGGUGUGAAGCUCCCAGACAAAAAUUAUAAUGAGGCAGAGGGGGGAGCUGUUUUAAUUAAGUGCCUUCUUAAAAGAGCAACAAUUAAUAUUGUUACUCUUGUUCGUUUUGGUGUUCAUCAAGGACUUGAAUUAAACCAUGUACUGUGAAGCAUGACCACUAUUAAUAUUCCACUCUGUAAUAAAAAUGUUUC